AUUCGUUACGAUGCGACUAUUUCACCAAAAACUGUUAUUAAAUUUAUGACGGACGGUGUUUUACUUCGUGAGCUUUCCGGAGACUUCCUAUUGUCAAAAUAUUCAGCGAUUAUAAUUGACGAAGCACAUGAAAGAAGUUUGAACACAGAUAUCUUGAUUGGUGUUAUUAGUCGUGUUCUUCGGUUGCGUAAAGAGUUGACUACGUUGCGUAUUUCUGAUUUUACACAGAAUAGGAGAUUGUUUGACAUUCCACCUCCAGUCAUAAAUGUUAAUGCACGACAAUAUCCUGUUUCAAUCCAUUUUAAUAAACGAACUCCACGUAUUGAUUAUGUUACAGAGGCAUUUAAAAAGAUUUGCAAGAUUCACACAAGGCUUCCACGUGGAGGAAUUCUUGUAUUCAUGACGGGACAAAAUGAAAUAUCUAUUCUUUGUAAGAAACUUCGUAAUAAGUUUCCCUAUAUAUCAUCCAAUCGAUCCUAUCAGAGUAGUACAAAAAUUAAGGAAGAAUCGCAAAUUGACGAACCUUAUGAACAUAUUCGAGAAGGAUUGUCUACUAAAAAUGUUGAUCCUGAAAUCGAAGAAUUGGUUAUAGGCGAGAAUGAUCAAGGUUACCAUGAUAAUUUUGAUACGGAUUCUGAGGAUUCCGCCACCGAGUUUGAAAAUGAUGAAUUGGACAAUGAAUAUGCCGAACCUUUAUAUGUUCUUCCGCUGUAUUCCUUACUUUCAACUCGGGCUCAAAUGCGCGUGUUUGAGCCACCACCUGAGGGAACGCGUCUUUGUGUUGUUGCAACUAAUGUAGCCGAAACUUCUUUAACUAUUCCUGGUAUUACGUAUGUUGUAGACUGUGGGAAAGUUAAAGAACGCCGUUAUAAUGCAAAUACUGGUGUUCAAUCGUUUGUAAUUGACUGGAUCUCAAAAGCAUCUGCUGAUCAACGUGCAGGUCGUGCAGGUCGAACAGGCCCUGGUCAUUGUUAUCGGUUGUAUUCCUCGGCUGUAUUCAACGAUCAAUUUCAACAAUUUACCAUUCCUGAAAUUCAUAGAACACCGAUAGAAGGUGUUAUACUGCAGAUGAAAGCGAUGAAUAUUGAUACCGUAUCUAACUUUCCAUUCCCAACACCUCCUGAUCGUGGUCAAUUGAAGAAGGCAGAAAAAUUGUUACAAUACAUGGGAGCAUUAGAUGAAAACAGCCAAAUUACUUCUUUGGGGCGUGCAAUGGCGACAUUUCCUCUUGCACCCCGAUUCUCCAAAAUGUUAAUAAUUGGACAGCAACAUGAAUGUCUUCCAUACGUCAUUGCAAUUGUAUCAGCCUUAUCAGUUGGUGAUCCUUUUAUAAGGGAGUAUCAUUUAGAUGAUACAGAUUCAGAUAGCGACUGUGACAAAGAUGAAUCUGAAGAUUAUGUUCAAACGAAGGAAUUAAAUGAAAUUCAAAAAGAAAUAAUCUUUAAAAAGGAACGUCGAAAAUUGACGCGGAAGAGAUUUUAUGAUGUUCAAAAAAUACAUGCUGGGCUUGAUCCUACAAGUGAUGUAUUAAAAUUCCUAAACGUUGUUGGUGCUUACGAGUAUUCUGGAAGUAGUGAAAUGUUUUGUGAAGAUAAUUUUGUACGGGCAAAGGCUAUGCAAGAAAUACAUAAAUUAAGAGGCCAGAUAACGAAUAUUGUUCAAACUAAUUGUCAUGGAGUUGAUGUGUGCGUAGAUCCAAAAAUGAAACCACCUUCUGCUAUCCAGCUCGAAGCUCUCCGUCAAAUAAUUGCAGCCGGAUUUAUUGAUCAAGUUGCUAUACGUAAGGACGUGGUAGAUGGGACAGUGAAAACAUAUUCUUCUACUAGAGGUAUUGCAUAUUCUACUAUGUGGACGGAUGAAGAUGUUUUUGUUCAUCCCUCUUCUGUUUUGUAUCAUGAGAAGCCACCAGAUUUUGUGGUUUAUCAAGAAUUACAACGUACAAAUAAAGUAUGGAUGAAAGGUAUUGUAUUGAAUGAACUUGGUGCUUAUACAGGCACACCGAUGUAG